AUGAACAAUCUGGCCAAUCCCACAUAUUUCGACUACCCAAUCCAUCCCUCUCGCUUCCCAAUCUCCUCAAUCCGUCCAGAUGGCCCACAGAAUACUCCAUCUAUGCCACCCCGCACUCCUCCAAAACCUGUAUUCCCGCGGUAUGACCCUCUCCAUGUCCUCUCUGCAAAUUCCAUCCCACUUCCAACCACAAAGCAGUCAUCUCUACACCCCCUACAGGUGGCACCCGGUGUCCUCGCAAACGGCGUCAUUACUGUCAUGCUGCCCGCCGUCCGCGAGUUUCUCACUGCCACUACCAUUGCACCACCUGCCGCACCCGAACUCCCAAGCGACAGUAGAGUAUUAGCGCUUGCUGCUCUUGCCGUCUUCUAUCGCCCCAUGCACCCUGCACAUUGGGUCUUUUGGAAUAAGGAACAAAAGAGGAACACUGCAGCCAUUGUGCAGAGUGUAUUAGAUACUACCCCCACUCCAAUCAUCUCACCCAUCGGCUGGAUAGCCACCCAAGACAACCUGUGGAUUCUUGGUUCACUACAACACGCCUAUUCCAGUGCCUUAUCUUCCCAACCCUGGUACGCCGCAUACGUACCAUCUGAAAGCGAAACCCGCAUGAGUCUGCGCAAGCGCAAGCCCACUAUGAUCCAAGAACAAGUCAUCGAAGAUGAUGAUGACGAUCUCCUCGUGCCUCAACCACCAAGGAAGCGUGCAAGGACGCGCAGAACUGUCACAACUACUAGGAGCCCGAGGAAACCGGAAGAAUUCUCCCCGCCUGACAACCCGGAGACAGAGGAUGUGCCCGAUGAGGUCGAAGCAGCCACCGAACUACCGGAACCGGAAAUAGUGCUUAUGUUGACGCGCGCAGCUAAACGCGAGCUCAUCGAAAUCCCUGUGCCAGCACAAGAUGCUGAGAAAUCUGUCUCGCCAGAGCCGCGUAGGAGCCAGCGGAAGAAAGGUGAUUCACCGGCAUCUUCGGCUACUACUCUCACGCGCAUCCACUCGCGGGAGUUGUCGGCAGAAUCCGUGGAAGGCGCUGAAAGCGCUGGAAGUAGCACUGUUUGUGAGGAGGAGCCAGACAAGGAAAAAACAAAGAAGGGCCGCACGGAGAAGGCCGUCAAGCGUCUUGACAAUACUGGCGAGGACGGAGACGAGGAAGAAGCUGAGCAGGAGAAACCUGUUCCCGCCAAGAGAUCUCGCCCCUCAGCUUCCCGUGCAAAGCCAAGGUCCAGGGCCCCACCAAAGAGAACCAACUCGACGAAUACCAAUUCCGAGGAAGGCGGCGAGCACGCAGAUGCUACUUCCCCGCCACCUGUGCCUAAACCAAAGUCACGCUCGCGCCCGAGGACUCGCAGGCGUUAG